UAUUCCUGAGAGAACCGAUGAAGAAACGGAGUGACUUCUAAUAUGUUUUCCUUUUUAAUGCCCUCAUUAAGUUGCCGAUUUUAAAAUUACUUUCUCCAUAUUUGUAGAAAAGAUGUUGGAAAAUGUAGGUAGCCUGUAAAGCCACCCAUUCUCCACAGUCCUUUCCUCAAAAUAAGAUCCUGUCAUUGCAGACUGACGUACCCCAUGGACAUUUGCUCACUUACAGUAUGCCUAGUGCGUGUUAUGUCACCACUACUCUCCAGCAUAACACCCAGCUUAUACCGUUGUUUCUCUAGCUUGCCAGUAUCCUGUUCCCAAGUACAUCGCCCUAACCCUGACUUAAUGACAGCACCUCCUAUCUGCAGUGUGCCUUUGCCCAGACACUAGCACACCUGUGACAUGAAUGCUUGUAGCACCUCACACUCACACUCAGCUGGGCUCCAUCACCUCAGGUGGGAAGGGAUUCGGGGAAACUUCAUAGCUGUUGGAACAGGGAUGCUGAGGUGAUACAAAUGGUGCUGUCACUGGGACAGAGUCCACCCCUUGCUGAGGCAGCCUGUCCAUCUGUCCUGCUGCUUGCUUCCCACUUCUUCAUCCUCUUCCCAGUUCCAGAAGCUGCUCUAACCUAAUAACCCUGCUCUGAACCUCUGCCUGGAGGUGAUGGAAUUCACCUUCAUUGAUAACUGUCUUGUCACGAAGGACUGACAGUUAAGUCGCUUUUUCCCCCUUCUUGGUUCUUUCUUAUUAUUUGUUCUAUUUUUAUUUUACCACUCAUAUGUUUUCUUUUAGGCAUUUAUUGAAGACAUACAUUUGCUUGGCAAAGCUGAAAAGGGCUAUUCCCUCCCAAGAGAAACAGUCAUACAGACAUUUGGCUAUGCAGUGGGGUAGAUUCUUUAUUAUAGUACCUCAGCCACAGCUGCCUUCUGAAGGUAGAGAAGGAAAACUGGACUAAAAGCUAUGCCUUGCUCACUCUUUGAAGUCAUGACUAAGGCUCCUGUCCUGAGACUUUUCUCUCCGGAUAGCCUGGGGAUAGUCACUGAUUUCCUCCCCGAAAGGGCUGACUGACAGGUGCCUGCUAGUUGCCCUUUGUAGCUUCUGGGAAUGAACUGCUUUUCUUUCUUUUUUUUUUUUUUUUUUAAAGAUUUAUGUAAGUACACUGUAGCUGUCUUCAGACACUCCAGAAGAGGGAGUCAGAUCUCAUUACGGAUGGUUUUGAGCCACCAUGUGGUUGCUGGGAUUUGAACUCCAGACCUUUGGAAGAGCAGUCAGGUGCUCUUACUCACUGAGCCAUCUCACCAGCCCUGAACUGCUUUUCUUGAGUCCCUGCAUUACCAUCUGCCACGUAGCCCUUCUCAAGCUGCCCCUCUUCUCUGAAACACUGAUGGUCUUCCUUCAGUUUUAAAUGGAAUCUUACCUCUGCACACCAGUGCAAACACAGCUCUUACCCCCAAGUGAAAAGUGCCAAACAAGAGUUACUGUGACCUCCCAGUGUGGAUUCAGGUUGCCUAAUAGCUUGUAGGAGCAGUUAUAACAAACUUUUGUAGUCACAGAACAAAAGAAAGCCUUCUAUCAAGGCAUUCCCAAAUGCAUGGGCAGAAGCAUCAGAUAGACAGAUGCUUAGAGAGGAUCUUAGAGCAGAGCUGGGUGGUGGGAAUGUGAUGAGGACGGGGGCAGGUGGGCCGCUCUGCUGUGGGCUCAGUACCCUAGCUGGUGAAGUUCUGAGCUGUCAGAUGAUGAAAGCUAGUGGUCUGUCAAAUUAGUCCAUUGAGAGGUGUUCCCCAGUGGUUAAAAGGAUAGAAGACCAGACACAGAAAUGAGGAAUAUUCUGAGCUCACUUGGCCCUGGACCUGCAAAAUUCCAGUUUCCUACAACAACAAGGUUGUAAGGAGUCAUCAGCCUUUGUUGACCCUUUAGUGUGAUGUUUCUCAGAGAGCUUGAGUUCACAGCUCCCAUUCUUGCACAUUAACAGAUCUGGACGGACAUGGGAGAGGCUGAAGGUUGCUUUGUGUGCCCGAUGCUCAGAAGACUCAUUUCUUGCAUCGAGUAAAGGUGAAGCUAAGUAGGCAGGAAACAGUUUACAGGAGAGGAGAUUGUUGAAAACCAUUAGGAAGAAGCCCCAUGUCACAUAACAUUGCUGCUAUCGGGAUCUAGGUCAGAAUUUUUUUCCCUUUUUUGUCCUCUGUAUCUGACAUGUAUAUUUACAUGUGACAGAUAAUAUAAACAUAUGUAAAGGUAAAAUAAUCAAGAACACAGUAUGAACUAAAGAACUAAAGGUAGCAGAGCAGAAUAAUAGACACUUUUAACCAAGUCCCCAACUCAAAAAAGGCCCCAGUGCCUAUCUGUAAUCACUUAUAUCCUAUGAAAUAUUUCAUUUGAAACUGGAACACCAAGAAGUUAUUUUGUAAUUGUACCCACCAAUUUACUAUUCAUGAUCAGAAUAGCAGUAUUACUUAGUAAUUUUUAAUGAUAUUUUAUUUAUUCAUUGACAAUUUUAUAUACUUAUAAAAUUUAUUUUGAUCAUCUCUACCCUAGUUCCCACUCUAUGCAGACAUUCCUUUAAUCUAGCUCCCUCCCACCUUCGUGUCCCUUUUAAAACCAUGAGCACUCGGAGUUAAUGAACUAUGAGUGCUGCCUAUAUCUGUACAAAGGUGUAGUGCUGACCCUGGAUAACCUGCCAAUGGCCAUUCUCUCAGCCCCAACCCUCACUGGCAGCCUUCAGCUUCCAGUAGUUUCUGAGCUAGAGAUGGGGUCUUGUAAACAGGUUUAAUCCAGGUACCCAUUGCUGUGAGUUCUUGGGCCCUGUGGCCAUGUCGUGUGCACGAGGCUGCAUUUUACAAUGCUUUUCCUGUCCCCUAGCCACUGCAUGUUUUCCACCCUCUUUUCUGCCCUGAAUGUCAAGGAGCAAUGUUUUUAUUUUUAACAUCUUGGCUUGUUCUACGGAACACUCUGAAGAUUCAUUUAGUCAGGAAACAUGAUGUUUAUGGUAUGGUCUCUUAGAUGUAAGUUUCUUCUUUUGGGGAGAAUAAUUUUGCGUUUAAAUAUGAAUCCUUUUUAAAAUGUAUGUUUUAAAAAUUAGUCUUAGUAGAUUUGUUCUAAACCUAGUUUAGAAGCUAUAUUUGCAGGAAGGUCUCCUUUGAUGCUAGCGUUUGCAGUUUUGAUACAGUGCAGUGAUUGCUGUUGUCUUUAGAAGACUGGGAGUUUUGUGGACUUUGAGUCACCCCAGAGCCAUUGGUGUCAGUGCAGUAGGCUGUUGUACAGUGAGUAAGUCUGAGUAGGCAAUAACACAGUAAGGCAAAUGGUUGGGCCCAGAUAAUAUUGUUUCCUUUUUCUUAUUAGGAAGUAGUUUGGUUUUAGGUGCUAAUUUAGAUUUAAAAUUGAGGCAUCCCUAAAAUGGAGUUCCAUUUGGAAAAUUUAAAAUAAGUCUCUGUCAACAUGAAGAUUAGAUUUUUAAAAAGUUAUACUGAAAAAUGAGAAGUUGUUUCUGUGAAAACAUAUGAGUCAUUUAAAACAUCAAGAGUUAAGUCAAGUAGAUGAUUGGGUAAGCAGACACUCAAUGUGUGAUUAAUGAAAUGAGGCAAUGUUGUUGCCUUUCUUUGAAGUUUUAUUAAAACCAAGAUUAGCAAUUUGUCACUUAGGAAAAUGAAAUAUCUUAGACAGUUUUUGAAAUAUUUAAAUAGGAAGGGUUUCUAAAGUGUUAUAAAAGGUGAGAGUUAGGACUGUUGUCAGAGUGUUUCAGUUCUGUCUUCAGUGUAGUGGCAGGAGAGCUUGUGGUAUGUCCUUGGAAACUGGUCCAAAUUUGAGGUAAAAAAUACAGAUUGAAACAUUAUCCUCUAAAGUUUUCUAACAUGAGACAAGAGAUACUUUGAGAUACCUCACAGAGUCCUUCCUAUCCAGGCCAAAAGGAGUCUAAAACACUGGAUCCAGCUGACAAUCACUUAUUUUUAGCUCUUGUUACUUAGCUUUUCUCCAUGUGUUCACUGCUGGAAAACUCUAUUAACAGUUAUUUUAUAUGGAGAUAAGUAUGUUUCCCAAAAGGCAUAAAUCUUAGAACUUAAAAGAAUUAAUGGGAGUGUGUUCGGCUAAGAAAGCUAAAAGCUUUGAUAAAUGAAUUGUAACAAUUAAUGUUUUACUUGCACUUUAAAAAAUUUAAUCACCUAUCCAAAGGAUCAAGGGUACUGUGGAAAUUUUUAUAAAUAGAUAUAAAUAUUUGUUCACUAAAACAAGUUUCACAGGCACUUGUCUAAUUUAGUAGUAAUGCCCUAGUUCUUUAUAGUGAAUAAUUACUAUUGACCAAUUUAAAAAAAAAAAAAUCUCAUUUCUUAUAGGUAUGGGCAUUUUGUCUGCAUGAAUGUAUGUACAUCAUGUGCAUGCUUGGGGCCUAUAGUGGCCAGAAAAGGGUGUCAUAGACCUGAACCUGAAGUCAUAGAUGAUUGCAAGCCACCACUGGGGUGCUGGGAAUUGAACCCAUGUCCUCUGCAAGACCAAUACUAACUGCCAAGCCAUCUCUAUAGCUCAAUGGUCACGUUUUAAAUGACCUGUUCAGUAAAGGAUUAAAACAUCCUUAAUCUUUAAGCCAAUUUUUUAUGACUAUAAAAACUUAUAAGCAGAAAGUAGGUUUUAGUUUUGUACCAGUGCAUUUGAUUUUGAGCUUAGAAAAUCCUUUAAUUGUGUUUUGAAAUACCUUUCGGCAAAAUUUUUUAGCAUUCAGGAAGCUGCUAUGAAUUCAAAGUCAGCCUGGACUAUAUAUAGUAAUUCCAGACUAGCCUGGACUAGAAUGAGACCCUGUCUCAAAUUAAAUAAAGAAGUGGUAAGUAAAUAUAAAAUUUUGAAAUUAGACAAUAUUUUUGGUAAGAUGAAAUACUUUCUGUCUAAAAAAAAAUCUUUUCUCACUGAAAUAGCUUAAAGUCGUUCAUAUUGUCUGCAUGUGGAAUUGUGCAUGUUGAUAACUGCGGGGCAGUGGGGUCUGUCCCUGCUCAUCAAGGCCCGCCGUGCUUGACCGGAUGAGCUAGGCUUUCUCCUAAUGAUCCGCCUCUAACCUCCCGCUGGAAAGUCUUCCUGCACUCCAGCCACAGACGGACCAAGGGCUCUCGCCUGCGUGGGAACCAUCACCUGCCCUCUCUCCCCUUGCCCUCUCCUCCCUUCGGCCCCGGGGCUUAGUGCUGCUCCAGGGCCCCCGUUCUGUUCUCAGCUCCUCCGAGGUAUCCAGUGUGGGAUGCCGGAAGCGGGAAACCUGGUGCCUAGGACUGACCCUUGUCCACCACCCUCCGAGCUGGGGUCAGUAGCUUCACACAGUCAGAUUACCCACCCGGGGCCGUAAGAAAAGUGUGCGGCAGCCUUCCGCGUCCACCCACCCAGAGCACCAGAACUCUGGCAGGACGCAGAGGUUUCUCCCACUCCCCUUUAUUCCCCCAGCGCCCACUGCCCCACAGAUAACAAUAUUAAUUCAAAAUAUAGUUAUCUUCUUAGCAAAGAAUCAGAAAGAAAGCUGUCUUAUUCUACCUGUUGGCAACUUAUGAAAACACAUUUGGUAGAGUCCCAAACACACAAAGAUCUACAGGCAACUAAGGAUGUCCAUUAACCCUAUGGUCAGCUCUAAAAACAUUCAUCGGAGGAGCAGUAUGAGACUGAGCAGGUGUUUCUUUGUGUAUCCGAGAGAUCUGCCUGCUUAUGCCUCCUCAGUGCAGGGUUUAAAGGCCUGCAUCAGCACCACCCAGCUUUUAAGCCCCAUCUUGUCUCUAUAGGUUUCAGGGCUCUUUUUGGUUCUCUUCUGUAAAUUUGCAGUGUUAUUGUUUGUUAGGUGCUUUCAUAUUCAAAUUGAAGUAGUCUUCCAUUCAGUACAUUUCCUUUAUUUCCUAGAACUUCUAGCUUAGAGAAACAACAACAACAACACUGAAUGUUCCUCAUUGCAUGUGAGGGAUAGGGAUAGAUAAAGCCGAGUUAUAGUUUGGUAGGUUUCCCUGUUUUUCCAAAUAAUUGGUAAUUGAAUGACUAUUAAACAUAAAGCCAGGUGAAUUCCAGGUGGCAGUUGUCCCCAAACACUUCCUAUUUUGAAUUUCUGUUUCCCCUUGUUUUGGUGAAGGUAUCUUUUCCUUGAAAACUGUGUAGUCUUAGAUGCUAGUUAGAGGGAUUUGUGUUUUGGAUCAAAUUUAUGUGCCACUUGUAGAAAAAAUUUCUUUAGGUCUCAUACCAAAGUAGGUUCCUCCAAGUGUGUUUGGGGUUUAUUUGAAUGUUUACAAGAACAUGAGGGGAAUAAGACAUUGGGUGCCUACACCUUCAUAAUGGCGCUGAUAAAAUUACUUCUCAGAAGGGGGUGGUGUAUGCUGUCUCACUCCCUAAGGCUAGUGCUCAUCUUGAAGAGAUCCUGAUACUUUCAGGAGAGGAGAGGGGAGGGGAGGGGAGGGGAGGGGAGGGGAGGGGAGCUUAUCAUGUUAAUAUGUUUAUAACUAAUGAUUGUAGAACUUGUAACCUGAAGGGAUUAGGUUCUGGUGAGCUAGAGAGGACACAGAGAAGUUUCACACUCAGGUUCUGGAGAUAGUAGCAAACACGUACUCUGAAAACAAGUAUCAUCAACAGAUGCUCAUGUGGGUGCUCUGCGAUAAAGUAAGAGGGUAUCUGGUAAUAGUCAGCUAGCCUCACCAAAGGAAAGGCUCAGGCCCCUGAAAGAACUCACCAACAUUACCCAAGGGGCCAGUGUGGGUGGUUGGACAUACAGGGGACCUGUUGAUACCUGAGGUGGUUCCUCUGAGGAAAGCAGAUCUUCCAUGGAGCCUCAUGGUUUGGAACCAAAACUGUUGGUGCAGAGUAGAGUUUUCAUCUCAAAGUGAGCAAAGUAGCUUAUUGUGAGCAGACAUGAGUAGACAUCACCAAGAAACACACAUUCAAGUCUCCACUCCAAAGUGGAUGUGGUUGCAUGGACUUUUAUUCUCCCAGAGCAAAUCAUAAAUCAAGGUAUCUCCCAAAUAUGUGGACGGGGUCAUAUCAACAUAGAUAAAUUGUGCUAUGGGUUUCAGAUGUCACUUAAUAACAUUCUUCAGAUCUAGCUUGUGCCUGUGCAUGAUUCCAAAGGUUUUACCUGAUGUUUGAAAGAAUGGUAAGUCAGACAGAGGUGCAGACAACAGAUGGCUGUUCAGGGAACUAGAGAGCUGAGAUAGUUUGGCUCUGGGUCUGCAGCAUUCCAACUCUGCAAUCACAAGGUUUACAUUGGUGGGUUAGUCUUGUUGUGACUUUUUCUGCACCACUUCAGUUCAUACCUCAUCUUGUUUUCUUUAGCAUUUGUAUCCUUGUACCUCAUGUUGCUGCCCCUACCCCCCAUUGCUUCUUUACUUCUAGGAUAUCCUUACUGUUCACCCUUUGGUCUCACUCACCAUAACUUGUUAUAAUCUGACCUUUGCCCUGGCAGAUCCAGUGGCUUGUGUGUCAGUCACUGUUGUUGAUCCCUGCGUGGUCUGGCCCUGAGGCUUGCUCUGUCUUGGUCUGCGUGUUCCUCUGCCCUGGGCUGCUGCUGUUCUUGCGCUCCUCGGUGUGCUGCUUGAGGACACCUUUAGCACCUGUUUGGGACACAGCUUCCCUCUAUAAUUGUUUCUUCAAGGGUGUGACAGUGUAUGACCUCAAAUGUUAGCUGUAAUAAAAGUGAGUCUACAAUUCGAUGUCUGUUCUCUCUCUUUAUUUUUCCUCGCAACCCAAACGCCAUUGUCCUCCAGCUGACUCAUCAUCUUCAUCUUAGACUCUGACUUUUGUCAAUCACUAUGUUCCUCUUAAUCACCCAAGUGUGGCCAACAUAAAAUUCAGUUCUCUACUCAGGGAAUUUUAAAGAAUUUUAAGAUGAUAGCUUUGAUAUAAACAAUAAAAUGGAGCAAUAACAGUAAGAGUAACUAUAAUUGGUUCAGUGGCUUAUAAACUUUGUCUUAAUGCCACGUUCCUGUGUCUAUGGUACUGGAGCCUCGUGCACACCAGAUGUGUACUUCCCCCACCAUGCUAUUUCCCCAGCCCCAGAAUUACCCUUUAAAGACAGGAAAGUGGGGACUAAAGGCACAGUUUGUGGCAGGGUGCUUGCAUAGCAUGCAUGAGACCCUGGGCUCAAUUUCCAGGGUUUAAAAAAAAAGAGCAGAUACUUGUUGAAGGUUUUAGUGUAGUUCUCAUUGGGCUCAGAACACUACAGUUGAGUGGAAGAGGAGGUGCAUUGUAUCCGCUCCUGCCCAGCAUCCUCAAGCACCCUGCAGUCUGGCUUAUGCCCACAGUCCUAGUACUCAGAGGUGGAGAAGAGAGGAUUGUCUGGGGCGAUACUGUUUAGCUGUUCUUACCUAACAUCCCUGCUCCCUCCCUAACUCAAAAGAUUUCAACUUCAAAGUCCAGCUCCACUUUCACUUUCCUUUGUCUGCUUCCGCUGUGGUUAAAGCAUCCUUCUACCAGGGACUUUAAAGGAGAUGUGGACCCCCUGCCCUGGCUCUUAGUGCUCCUUAGGGGGAACCAGCAGAACUGGCUCCUGUGAAAUGCAGACUGCUGGGUGCUAGGCUUUGGUGCUGCCCCUCAUCUGAUGUCUGAUGUUGCCUAGUUAGCACCACAAACAUCCAUUUCAUUAGACACUUUCACAUGCAUUGUGUUUUAGAAAACAGCCAAAACUAUGGUUAGGUCAGUAAUUAUUUGGAAAGGCACCUGUAAAGUUCGUUCAGUAGAAUGGAACUGUGCUUAUUUUCUUCUCGCCUUAGCUCCAUUUGACAGUGAAUUAAACAAAAUUAAGAGAUGGUGUCAGGUAUGGCAGCACACACAUUAGUCCCAGCACUUGGGAGGCAAAGGCCAGCCAGAGUUAACAUGGAGAGGCCCUGUCUCCAAAGCUAACUAACUAACUAAUUAAUUAAUUAAAAUUUAAAAAUUUAGUUAGGAGGCAAAGAAAAAGAAGAGAAACAUUAGCUUUUGCCUUUACUAUAACACGCUUUUCAGUGGGCAGAACAGCAUCCUACUGUACAUUUCCAUCGUCAUACUUUACCAACAGCCACAGUUAGCUUCUACCUUAUAUAAAAUAGUGCUGUCAACAUUGUAUAAUAAUAAAAAUAGAUGUAAUAUUGGUGAAAAUAUUGACUUUUUGUUAUCACUAGAGAAAUUUAGUUUUUAAGGGGUAAACAUUAGCACAGAUUUCCUUGGUUAGCUUUUCUCUUUUUAAGAGCUCAAUACUCCAAAGCAGCUUCAUGAAGCAUUAUAAAUUAUUCAAACUCUAAAGAAACAAUAUAGUCAAUUAUAAUUUAAUGCAUAUUACAGCAUACUUAGAUUAAAUGAUCCAUUAUAGUUACCUGCAUUUGUACUUUUUAUAGUGCAUUUGGGUCCAUUACACAUUCAAAAUGUACUGUGUAUAUUGUGUAUUUUAAAUUAUAGAGAUUUGUCAUUCUUGUGACUCUGCCUUUGUGGUUUGUGAUUACCAUGUAUAUAACUUACUGGAUGUCAAUCAAUGUUAAGAAUCUAGCUACUAGAAGGCUGGCUGAUGUCUUAGUUGAAGCGCCUAACACACAAGCAUGAAAGACCUGAGUUCAGACCCCCAGCACCCACAUUGAAAGUUAGUCUUUUACCCUAGAGCUAGGAGUGCAGGGGUUGGAAACAUGAGGAUUCUAGAGCUUGUUGGCCAGCCAGCCAAGCCAGUGUAGAAGUAUUGAGUUCAGGGAGAGACACUGUCUCAAAAAAUAAGGUGAGGAGUGUUGUGUGACUAAUCUUUCUGGGGAAACUCUACACACUCAACCUACACACCCCAGAUAGGGAGCUCAUGACAGAGCAGAGUACAGCCGCUACCAGAGAACAUCUUCAUCGCUCAUUGGUUACUUAGCAGAAUAGGUGAAAGGUUGCUUAUAGGAGCAGAAAUGAUCAAAGACAGAUACAUCACCAAAGCACACCUCAGCACAGGUGACAGCUCACAAAAAACUGGAACCUGGAGCACACUGUGCAGCUUACAGGUAGCUCAGUAGGUUGAGUGUCCUUUCCAAGUGACUCAGUUGGUUUAAACCUCUUCCAGGCAAGUGGGCUUGUCUCUUCUUCGUCCAAGCAGCUGAUCUGGUCUCGUUCUCUUUUUUGCCCCUUUGCCUGUCUGAGAGUGACCUUAGCAGUUGUUAUGGUUUAUCCUUGAGAGGGAGGGCCCUAGUAAAUCUGGUCAGUUUCAGGGACUUCCUGAAGAGUUUUGAGAUGUUUCCCUUCUGGUUCAAGGAACUUUUCUGCUGGGGUAUAUUGUUUAAUCUCUGAGGAAAUGGCUAGACAACAUUGUGUAAUAUAAGAAGACUCCUAAUUGCUGGGCCGUGGUGGCACACGCCUUUAGUCCCAGCACUUGGGAGGCAGAGGCAGGUAGAUUUCUGAGUUCGAGGCCAGCCUGGUCUACAGAGUGAGUUCCAGGACAGCCAGGGCUAUACAGAGAAACCCUGUCUCAAAACAAACAAACAAACAAACAAACAAACAAACAAAAAAAGACACCUAAUGUCAAUGUCCCCCGCCACCCACCCACCCACACACAUACGUUUGCACACCUUUAAUUCCAGUACUCAGGAGGCAGAGGCAGGUGUUUCUUAGUGACUUCCAGGCUAGCCUGGUCUAUAGAGUGAGUUCUAGGCCCAUUACACAGAGGAACACUGUCUCAAACAAAUAAAACUCAAAACACAAAAAGAAUAUGGCUGUUAAAUCAAAACAUAUUUUUUUAAGUAUGAUGUCUUACUGUUCUUGUGAACAUGGACAAGUAAUUCAAUUGUGCUUUGGCUUUAGGUUCUUCACCUCAGAAGUGAGAAGCAAAGUACUGUUCUAUUAUGAAAAUGAAAUGACAUUGUAUGAUGUGUAUAAAUGCCAUUUGUAAAUUGUAAAUGGUCUUACAAAUACAAAGUACUUCUUUAUGAAAUCAUAAAAGAGAUCUCUAGACCCUUAAUAGUGACAAAUUCUAGUUUUAUAUACCCCUAAUGCUUAAGUAAGUUAGCUUUCAUUUACAUCUUUGUUAAAUGAAUUACUAUAGCAAUUAUCUAUUAUAUGUUGUAUAGCAAUUAUUUAUUAUGUUUUAUACAUGUUCUCAGGAUUGUGUACAAUGUGCUGUUGCAAUCAACUUUGUAGGGGAAAGGUCCCAGUAUGCCAUUUUUGGUUUUGGAUGCUCUGAUUGUCCGUCCCCCCCCCCCGUCCCCCCCAGCCGAUUCUGUGCCUCCAGUGUGCUGUCCCUGAACACAGUAGGGAAGAUACAUAUGUAACUUGCAGCAGCUGAUUCCAGUGCAUACUGAACUGAGUGAUGUGCAGUCAGUCUCAGGUGGAUGGGUGCACAGACUCAGGUGGAUGGGUGCACAGACUCAGGUGGGCAGGCGCACAGACUCAGAUGGGCAGGUGCAGACUCAGAUGGGCAGGCCCACAGACUCAGAUGGGCAGGUGCAGACUCAGGUGGGCAGGCGCACAGACUCAGAUGGGCAGGUGCAGACUCAGGUGGGCAGGCGCACAGACUCAGAUGGGCAGGUGCAGACUCAGAUGGGCAGGCCCACAGACUCAGAUGGGCAGGUGCAGACUCAGAUGGGCAGGCGCACAGACUCAGAUGGGCAGGUGCAGACUCAGAUGGGCAGGCCCACAGACUCAGAUGGGCAGGCCCACAGACUCAGAUGGGCAGGCCCACAGACUCAGAUGGGCAGGUGCAGACACAGGUGGGCAGGCGCACAGACUCAGAUGGGCAGGUGCAGACUCAGAUGGGCAGGUGCAGACUCAGAUGGGCAGGUGCAGACUCAGGUGGGCAGGCGCACAGACUCAGAUGGGCAGGUGCAGACUCAGGUGGGCAGGCGCACAGAUUCAGAUGGGCAGGUGCAGACUCAGGUGGGCAGGUGCAGACUCAGGUGGGCAGGCGCACAGAUUCAGAUGGGCAGGCGCGCAGACUCAGGUGGGCAGGCGCGCAGACUCAGGUGGGCAGGCGCGCAGACUCAGGUGGGCAGACGCACAGACUCAGGUGGGCAGGCGCGCAGACUCAGGUGGGCAGGCGCGCAGACUCAGGUGGGCAGGCGCGCAGACUCAGAUGGGCAGGUGCACAGACUCGGAUGGGCAAACGCACAGACUCAGAUGGGCAGGCGCACACUCAGGUGGGCAGGUGCAGACUCAGGUGGGCAGACGCACAGACUCAGGUGGGCAGGCGCGCAGACUCAGGUGGGCAGGCGCACAGACUCAGGUGGAUGGGUGUACAGACUCAGAUGGGUAGUUGCACAGUCUAAACAAGGAGGCUCAGUCUUAACUGCUCACAACAGCUUGGGAUUGCGGCUCAGGCUCAGGUUUUACUUCUGACUCUGAACUUAAAUCUUCGCUCUCAGGAAGUAAAACUUAAGCUUUAGUGUUUGGUCAGUAAAUAAAGUUGACAGGGUAGAAGACUCUGUCUUAAUACAGAUAAACAAAACAGUUCCUAACCAGCACACAGUUUCAGAGGAAAAGUUCAUCUUUGAAAGAUUAAAGGCGGUUACCAACUCCUGCAUGACUCUGAUCAUAUGGCAAAAUGAGUUUUAUAUAUUUGUUU